AUGGCUGACUACUCCUUCGAAGUCUCCGCCAGAGGCGUUGUGUUUUUCCGUCAACAAGACAACCUCACAAAUGAGCUUCAGAAACAGUUCAUACACAGCUUGGGCGAAGCUGUAGGGAAGCCGAAGGAGUCUUCACUCCACAUACAUCCCCUUUUGAAUGAUACCUCCGACCUUGGUGUCGGCGAUCCACAGAUCUCUCACAUUAGCUCUGUACAGAGAGAAAAGUUUAUCAAGCAUCUCGUCGACGAAACAGACAAGUACAGCUACCGUGGUGCGGAGUGGCAUUCUGAUGUGCAGUUUGAGCGCUUCCCUCCCGACUAUACAUCUCUUCGUGUUACACAGUUACCCAAAAACGGUGGCGAUACUCUCUGGGCGUCUGGAUACGAGAUCUAUGACCGCUUCUCGCCGGCUUAUCAGAAAUUUUUCGAGACCCUCACAGCCAGGUUCGACGGCGAAGGCUACAGAAAGGCAGCUGAGAACGAGAAUUUGAAGAUUCGAGAAGAUAAUCGAGGGCAUCCUCUCAAUAUCGCAUUGAGCUCUGAGCAUCCUGUCGUGAGGACUAAUCCUGUCACUGGCUGGAAGAGCAUCUUCGCGAUCGGACCAUUUCCGUCCCGAAUCAAGCAGUUAACUUCGAUCGAGUCUCAAGACCUGUUGGCGAAGUUUAUGAGGAUGAUUACAGAAAACCAUGACUUGACAGUGCGAUUUAAGUGGAAGAACCCAAACGAUAUUGCUAUAUGGGACAACAGGUGCACGUUCCACACGCCAACGUACGACUAUGAAGGGUUGGGAGAGCGAUACGGAAAUAGGGCAGUCGGAAUCGGAGAGCAGCCAUAUUUUGAUCCCAACAGCAAGUCGAGGAAUGAGGACCUCUACGGCUCUGGUUCAGGUUGA